CCGCUCCCGCGCGCUCAUCACCGGAGCCAAGCGGAAGAAUAACUUGAAUCCUCCGUGAUAUCUCAAUCAGGAAAUACCAUUCAAACUCGCCAUAUCUGGGGAGGGGAGAUGCGGUUGGUAAACAGUCUGUCCGAGCCGUGAAUCCACUGACGGAGCGUUAAUCACCAGCGGAGAGAAGCGGGAGACGUCCAUCAUCACGGUCCGCUGUUUCUGACCGACGGCUGAAGAUGCUGGAGUGGGUGAGUGAGGUCUUCUGGCAGGAGCGUCUGUGGUUCCCCGAGGGACUGGGAUGGGCUGAUCUGGAGGACCGUGAUGGACAGGUCUAUGCGAAGGCACGGGAUUUGUGGGUGGCCCUGCCAAUCGCCGUCCUGUUUCUAGUGAUUCGACAGGUCUUUGAAAGAUAUGUUGCUACACCGCUAGCCUCUCUCCUGGGCUUGAAGGAAACAGUCCGACGGCGAGUUACACACAACCUCACGCUGGAGUCCUACUAUUGCAACACAGCUAAAAACCCCACACAGAGUUCAGUGGAGAAACUGAGCGAGCAGACGGGAUGGGCAGAGAGACAGGUCCAGCGCUGGUUCAGGAGGCGCAGGAAUCAGGACAGACCCAACCUUCUCAAGAAGUUCUGUGAGGCCAGCUGGAGAUUUGCCUUUUAUCUCCUGGCCUUCAUCGGUGGUCUUGUUGCACUAAUAGAUAAACCCUGGUUGUAUGAUUUAGAGGAGAUGUGGAAAGGCUUCCCCACUCUGAUGCUCCUGCCGUCUCAGUACUGGUACUACAUGUUGGAGCUGGGUUUCUACACCUCUCUGCUCUUCAGUGUGGCGUCUGACGUCAAGCGCAAAGACUUCAGAGAGCAGGUCAUCCAUCACGUGGCCACCAUCCUGCUGAUCAGCUUCUCCUGGUGUGUGAACUACAUCCGAGCGGGAACGCUCAUCAUGUUCAUGCACGACUCGGCCGAUUAUCUGCUGGAGUCAGCUAAGAUGUUUAACUACGCCAGAUGGAAGAACGCAUGCAACUACAUCUUCAUCCUGUUCGCUGUGAUCUUCAUCGUCACACGCCUCAUCAUCUUCCCUUUCCGGAUCAUGUAUUGCACAUGGGUGUAUCCCGUGACCCUGUACCCUCCGUUCUUCGGAUAUUACUUCUUUAACGGGCUGCUGAUGGUUCUGCUGUGUCUGCACAGCUUCUGGGCCGCGCUCAUCAUACGCUUGGCCUUCCGCUUCUUGAGCAGUAACUCGUCGGUAGAAGACGAGAGGUCCGAUCGAGAGGAGACGGACGAGUCCGAGGAGGAAGAACAGAUGAAAAAUGGAGAGAUAAAGACCAACAGGGCAGCUCAGAACGGCCACGCGACAUAUAACAACAACCACUCUAAAAAAACUGAGUGACGUCUAGAGAGGACAGAAACCUUCAGAGAGAGUUCAUCUGCUGAAGCAGAGCAGAGACGGGUCUACACUACACACACACACACACACACACACACCGUCAUCACACCAGCUGCUGCCUCUGUCCACAUCUUUACUGAUGCUGUUACUAAUCACUUCACUUAUUUAUAGCACUAUGUCCAAAGAGCUCUUCCCAUACGACGGAAGUCAAGCAAGAUUUUCAUUCUGUUCCUCACAGAUCUGUUGAAACUCAUAUAAGUCUCAUAUGGACUUCCUAGAGCUGGAAAUCCUCUAUUUUCCUUGUAUGGAAGACAGAAAAAAAAAGUCCAUAAUUGUGCAUUUCAGAAUUUGUUUCAGAGAAAAGGUCAGAAUUGUGAGAUAUAAACAGAAUUUCAAGAUAGAAACUC